CCGCCCCGGCCCCGCCCACGCCUCCGUGACCCGGCUUAUAGCGGGCGGGCGGCGCGGCGAGGCGUGCGGGCGGAGAUGGCGGCGGGUGCUGUGGGGCCGCGCGGCCUCUUGGCGCUGCUCCUCCUCGGCGGGCUGGCCGCCGGCGGCGCGGGGACAAGUCCAGACAUCAGAACUGAUGUAACUGACGUUUCUGGCAAGCUGAUCCUCAGCUGUAACAUGACUGAGCCUUACACUGGCAUCAUGGGUCACGAAUGGAUGCGUGGGGACAAGAUAGUGCAAUCGGACGAGGAGUCGAGUGUCUUCACCACUUACACAAUUGAGGGGAAGAAGGAAGAGCACUCUGGCAUCUAUGAAUGUAUCUACAAAACAAGCCCGAUGAUCAAAGCGCAAGUGAAUAUUUCAGUUGCACCCCAAGUGGAGGCAUACAAGAAGUCGGAGCAUGGGAAUGAGGGGGACACAGGUGUGCUGACCUGCAAGAAUCCCUCUUUCCCCCCGGUCAGCUUUUGGUUAUGGUACAAAACCGGUCAGGAGCCCAUCAUCAAUGGUUCUGGUCGAUACAUUAUCAAGUCCAGUGGCAACAAGACAGAGUUACGCAUUCUUAAACUGAAUAUUGAGGAGGAUACAGGUGACUACCACUGCAAUGCCACCAACUUUUAUGGCUGGAGUGCCGCUACGGUAAACCUGCGUGUACGCAGCCGCCUGGCAGCACUCUGGCCCUUCCUGGGUAUUGUGGCAGAAGUCCUCAUUCUUGUCACCAUCAUCUUCAUCUAUGAGAAGAGGAGGAAGCCGGAUGAGGUUCUUGAUGAUGAUGAUGGAGGUUCUGCACCACUGAAAAGCAAUGCCACAAACCACAAGGACAAGAAUGUCCGCCAGAGAAAUGCUAACUAGGAGCAGGGGCCAGGUGGUGUGUAGAUGAAGAACUCGUCUGGACAAUUUUGUUUUCUUCUGAUUUUUUUUUUUUGGUAAAAUAGCACCAUGAAAUAUUCUAGUGCAUCCUUGCGAUUCAGUUACUUCACUUUCUAAAGAAACUUAAGUUGUAGAAUCUAAAAUACACUUUUUUUUUUAAAAAAAGAGUUGUGGGAGGGUUUUUCUACCUGUCAAUGUAAAUCCCUUGUUUCUGGUAGUCUAGGUCACUGGCUGUCUCUGUCCUAGGUUUCUCCAUGUUGGUACAGAGGGGGUGGGCAGGAGUACAACUUAUUUCUUCCUCACCUUUGGGAAGAGCAGGGUGCGUUGUGUAGGGCCGUUCUGAAAUGCCCUCCUUGGCCCACCUCAGUGUUUGAGGCCGCUCGAGGAGCUGUGGAUAACAGACCUGAACGUGCAGUGAAGUGUGUGCAGUUCCUUGUGUGCUGCUCCACUGGUUGUGGCUGGCAUGGCCUGUGUUCCCAGCGGGUCUGUUGUCCUGCCCUCUUUGCGUGGGUCGGGGAGAAACUUCCCUGGUGACUGUUUGGAGAUGACCUGAUCUGACCGAAGGGCUUGUUGAGGAAGGUGGUUCUGUGUCUUUCCCAGUGCAUCACCUGGAGCAAGGCUGCACCCUUCCCUAGCGUGCAAGCAGCAUGUGUCCCUCGGCCAGGGACACCGGGCACAUCUGCUGGUGCGGCUCCUGGGGAGGAGCGGGCGAGGGGCUCGUUCCUCGGUGUGUGCCACAGCACCCGGACCUGCGCACAGAGCCGUACCGUGUCGGGCAGGUUCCCAGCCAGCUCCACCAGAGCUGCUUUAGUUUACCCUCUUAAACAGACAACCAGGAGGCAGUGUUAGAGAUGGGCACUGGAUAAAUGAUUGCUGUUAACUUAUUUCAUGGGUUUAUAUCUCUUCUCAAGUUGCUACAGUGGGGGAUAGGGGCGGAGUGAACAGGGGCUGCAGUGCUGGGGGACAGUUUAACAGCAUGCAUUCUUGUGCUUGAGCCAUUGUGGUGUUUGUGUGACAUUGGAGCCUGAGAGCAGAAAAAUGCUCAGUGGAGUCUAAUACCUUUAUUGCUGGGUAGCGUUGAACUGUUAACACACUUCACAAAUAAAGAUGAUUCCUCUCUCUUUUUUUUCCA